GAUAUGUUAAGUCUUAAUAGGCUAAAUGGUGGUGGGACAAAGACGCACUGCUGUACAACAAUUUAAUCAAAGACACAAAAUUAAGUGUAAACAUGCACACUCCCGAGCCAAAACACCUCUGCUGAGUGUUGCCUACUAUAUAUAGUAGUAACCUAUUGGAGAUUAUUGUUUCACAGACGCAAUAUAGAUGAUUGAGACCAGCUGUAAAGUUUUGCUCUCUAACAGAGCGGACUGUUUUCUUACUGGCAGGUCAUGUGGACACCUAACAGCAGCUAACUGUCCAUAUGGGCCUUUUGAGUCUAUCUUGACUCGCAGACUGAUCCAGAUAAUCUUUGUUGGAGGAUUAAAGCAAUGGCCGUAAGGAGGAGGACAUCCUACACGACCUGCAGCUCCUAUAACCUUUCAGCAGGACACAUUUCACCUGCUGACUAUAAUGCAUUCAUCAAAGAGCUCUAGUCACUGGACUCUCUCAGAGUUACUCGGGCAGCGGAGGCUGUUAGGAUUUGGAGCUCUGCUGGCAUGGCUUGUCCUCUUCCAUCUCCUUGUGAACGUCUGGCUCCUCUGCAUCUUCACCAGUCUCUUGGUGGUCCUCGGAGGUUGGCUUGGGUCCCGUGCAGUAUUGGAUGCCAACAGCCAUCUCCACUUGGAACACUUUUUGCCACUUGGCAAAGUGAAUCCACCUCUGUAUUCACCUGAACAUGAGUGGAGGUUGAACCAUGAGAUCCACAGUGCUGUCCACAAAGCGGUGCGUGACUUUGUGUCCUCAUGGUAUCGCACUCUGCUGCCAGAGGUGGAGGGGGAGUUUGAACGUGCAGUGUGCAAUUCGAUGCUGGAGUCAGUGAUGGAGCUAAAGGAGCGAGCAAGGCGAGUGGACAGAAAAGCACUAGUUCAACGGCUUCUAGAGCUGUAUGGCUGUCACCUGCAGAGCUACAUGACGGCAAGGCAGAUACAGUCGACGCAGAGGGAGAGCGUUCAACUCUGGCAGCUUUACAGUGAAGUAGACGCCCCUCACCCAGCUGUUAGCAGUGCAGUUGCUGAGCUCAGCUACUCAAGAGCUCUAGUUAACCUCGUCUUGCAUGUGCUUGUUCCAUAUCCUCAAAUGGAAACCAGGACUGGAGGUUACAUGGUUACAGAGCUCAUCACUUGCAAUGUGCUGCUGCCACUCAUAAGCAGGGUGUCUGAUCCUGACUGGCUAAACCAGACCAUCAUAGAAAUAUUCACCAGGUCCAGAGAACCACAGGAUAUCAAUGUGGAUGAGCUCCCGGUAGGUGCCCUGUACAGAUGCCAGAUCCAGCAAGAGUCUUGGACCACCUGCCGGUCACUGUCAUCUUCUGAUCAAGCAGGCCUCACCAGCAGUAGCACCUCUGACUUUGAUGACCUGCAGAGCCAGAGCACAAUCUGUCAGAGUGAUUCCUCACAGGGCAGCAUGGUUAGCCUGACGUCAACGACUGCUGGUAAAGUCAAAGGUUGCCAUGCAGGUCUGCUCACACCAUGUAAAGUGAACUGCUGUUCACUCACAUCUGGCCAAUACUCCAACUCAUCAGAGUCCAAAGUGCUUUCACUGGACUCCCUAAUUCCGUCAGACUCAGAAGACGACCAAACAGGAGGCUUUUGUGACUGUGGUCCCCCAACCAACUUCUGCAAUGUGAUGACUUUAAAGGAUGACGAGGCUGUCGGCUGCUUCGGUCCACUGAAAAAUCUUGGGCCGAAGGUGGUGGUGCCGGAGGACUCCCUGUGGCCAGCAGGUAUUGCCCAAGAAAAAUCCCCAACUUGUCCGCCAAGAAGGCUUUGUCUAACCCCCUACAACUUUGAUGCUCCGCACAACCCGGCUGCUCCUGUGAACAUCCAGAAUGUGCAAAUUGCUGGCACAGUCACUGCAAAGGAGCAGCGUGGCACUGGCACACAUCCUUACACUCUCUACACUGUAAAGUUUGACACAGUGGCUGAUGCUGAAAACGAUGGCACUUUGCAACCUGUGGCUGGUCACACUGUCAACCGGAGAUACAGCGAGUUCCUCAACUUGCAAACACGUUUAGAGGAGAAGCCCGAAGUCAAGAAAUUAAUCAAGAUGUUAUGUAUUUCAGAUGUCAAAGGCCCAAAGAAAAUUUUCCCUGAUCUCCCAUUUGGCAAUCCUGACAGCGAGAAGGUUGAAGCCCGUAAAAGUCAACUGGACACGUUCCUUAAACAAUUAAACAGCAUUCCUGAGACAGCCAACAGUGAGGACAUGCAGGAGUUCUUGGCUCUAAACUCUGAUGUUUGCACAUAUUUUGGAAGAAAGCCUUUUGUCAAGUCAAGAAUUGAUAAGAUGAUGGAAAAUGCUUUAGACACAUUGAAAACAGCUUUCCCCCAUCCUGAGCCCCUCAGUCCAACCGAAGACCUUGAAGGAGAUGCAGAUGGAAGAACAAUGGACAACAGAAAGUACAGGAGGCUUAUGUUCCCAAGCAAAAUUUCCCCAGCUCUGAACAUACCUGACUUGCAUCCUAAAGUGACAUACUGCUUCAGUGAAGGCAGCGCUGUGCUCAAUGGCAUGUCACUCUCUGGCCUGGAGAGCUUUGUCGUGGAGCAGGAAAGACUUUUAUGUGAGCUAAAUGGGAAGGAGGCCGCCAAGCAGAGAUGUGGGCAGUCUGGCAAAGAGAAGAAGACUUCAGGGAAAAAUCACGGGACAGACACAGCUGUGGCAGAUGUUGCUUUGAACAUCUUGUGUCUGCUGAUGAAGGACCAGUGGAGUUGGCUGUGCACUGAGAACAUACAGAAGACCAUCAGACUGCUCUUUGGCACUUUCAUUGAGAGAUGGUUGGACGUAGGAGUUGCACACCUUACCAGUGCCCCCUGCUGGGUGAUUUACCUACAAGUGCUGCAGGAAGCUGUAUGGCCAGGCGGCACGCUGCCCGCUCAACCAAGGCCAGAGCGCAGUGCCGCAGAAAGAGAGGAAACCAAGGAGCGAUGUCUGGAAUGUCUGAUGCAGCUGCUUCCAGAGCUCAUCACUGACAUGCUGGGCAGUGAAAAAUACAGGCUGAGCUUGGAGACCAUGCUGGAGUCUUUACAGGACCAUCAGAUAAACAAGCAUCUGCUCUACUGCAUCUGUGACCUGCUGCUGGAGUUUCUGGUCCCUGAGUCGUGUGACGAGGACUUCCAGAAGUUUCUGCUGCAGAGUCUGGCUAAAGACACAGAGAGAGACAGUCCUCACUUGUGAUCUGCACGUGACGACACUCUGAUGUCUCACAGUUGUAAGCAAUCGAUGGAUGCUGUGGGGGGUUGUGAUGUAUUCAUAAGGGUCUGUAGUCACCAGAUUCUACAGGCACAGAAUAGUCAUUACCUUAUUGGUCAGCAGUAGUAGGACGCUUGUUUUUCAUCUGUCAUGUGGUUCCACCUGCCUCAGGGAUUUAUAAUAACUUUCCCUUCCUUGUGACUUACUGUCACAUAAAGAUGAGAAAUGUGUGUACAUCUUUGAAACAUUGCUUUUCUUAGGCUUGUUGGUCCACAACUGCAGCCACCCAAUGGGCACGCAACAAGAGGAAAAUGGGAAUGUUCUCAAUAGUUGCGGUAUCAAUAUCAGCACACAAAGUGAACUAUUACUUUAUCAAAUAUCAGCGGCUGUUCCUACAGUAUGUGCCAUUGGUUCAUGGAAUCUGGUGCAAACUAUACAAAUGUAAUAAUUAAUGGUCUAUUAUGCCACCAACACCUGUAGGCAAAACAGGCGUGUGCUCUGUAACUAUUGCUUUUUUAAAAUCAGUUUUUGUUGUUGGUACAUUUAUUUAUUCAUUCAUUCGUUCAGAUCUUAAAAUGUUGCACAGUCUUUCAAUAGAGGUUGCUAAAAUUAUACCUAACAUCAGUGUUUAUGUUUGUGAUUUUCAUCUGAAAUAUUUUUUAUGACAUUUCUAAAUCAUCAGUUCAUGAUAAGUUGUUGUUGAAUUGUUUUGAUCUAGUGGCUUUGAAAUACAUUUUCAGGAGUCCGUUUGUGGUGUUUCUCGAAAA